UUUUAACUUUGAAAACUAAUUAUGGAGGUAGCCAGUUUGAAUAAAGUGUUCAUAUAGGCUGCUGCUUAGGCUAGCUGUAUUAGAGCUUCUGUUUACGUGUUUAACUCCGUGUUGAAUUAACAAGGUUUAACACGAUUUCGUUUUUACAAUUAUUUCUUUUCACAUGCUUUUUUACAUUCCUGCUUUCUAGCGGAUCUAGAAGAUGCGGGGCAUAUUAGCUAGGCGAUUGCAUUGUCACGAAUAAUAAUCAUUCAUUCUACCACAGACCCAGAUUAAGGAAUUAUUCGGCUCAGCCACGGUGUAUUGAAACAACAGCGUUGUGCGGAGCGCGUCUAGUUCACAACCGAUGCAGUCUUACUUGGAGGUCUAUUUUUCUCGAUGGCAAGACUCACGAAUGCCUGCUUAGCAUGGCCGUGGCUGUGUCACCGACGACCCGCGGACCGUUAUGGCAUUUAGCUUUCUCUUCUCGGACCCUCUGUCCAGGAGCACCUUUAAGAAAUUCGUGGUCAUGCUGUGCUCCCUGCUCACCUCCCUGUACUUUCUCCACUGCCUGACCGAGAGCUGCGGCACCGCGCCGCACCCCGUCAGAGCGUCCGACCCAGCCCCGACCUACCUGGGCUCGGCCCUGGGAGACUGGACCCCGCUCAGAAGAAAAAGGCUUCUGCAGAAACGCACCAGCGGCCCCGUGUACGAGACGGCUGGGCGCAACGCCGGGUCCGAUGCCAGUCGCGGCGGCGGCCUCCGUGCGAGAGGUUGGUCUGACCCGGAGCACCUGAGAUCCGACCUGCGACUCUCCGGCUCGGUGAACUUGGCCGCCCUGGCGGGGAUGUCGGUGCUGUCGGCCGCGGGCGGGAGCUCGGGUGCGAGUAAACUGAGCCAGCUGGGCGAAGGCACCAAGAAGCUGCCCCAGGCGAUCAUCAUCGGGGUGAAGAAGGGAGGCACCCGCGCCCUCCUCGAGUUUCUCCGGGUGCACCCCGACAUCAGAGCUGUGGGAGCGGAGCCGCACUUCUUCGACAGGAACUUUGACAACGGGCUGGACUGGUACAGGGACCUGAUGCCUAAGACCCUGGAGGGCCAGAUCACCAUGGAGAAGACCCCCAGCUACUUUGUGACCCGGGAGGCUCCGGCUCGGAUCUGCGCAAUGUCCCGGGACACCAAGCUGAUCGUGGUGGUGCGGGACCCCGUCACCAGGGCCAUCUCCGACUACACCCAGACUUUAUCCAAGAAGCCCGACAUUCCCACCUUCGAGAGCCUGACCUUUAAAAACAGGACUACGGGUCUGAUCGACACCUCCUGGAGUGCCAUCCAGAUUGGCAUCUAUGCCAAGCACCUGGAGAACUGGCUGCAGUACUUCCCCAUGGGCCAGAUCCUCUUCGUGAGCGGGGAGCGGCUGAUCAGCGACCCGGCCGGAGAGCUGGGCCGAGUCCAGGACUUCCUGGGCCUCAAGAGGAUCAUCACAGACAAACACUUCUACUUCAACCAGACCAAGGGCUUCCCCUGCCUGAAGAAGGCCGAAGGCAGCAGCAAACCCCACUGCCUGGGCAAAACGAAAGGCAGGACCCACCCCAAUAUUGACCCAGAGGUGGUGCAGAGACUUCGGGACUUUUACAGACCCUUCAACAUGAAGUUCUAUCAGAUGACUGGCCAUAUAUUUGGCUGGGAGGAAGAAACAGACAUUACACUCAAUUUGUGAAAUACAAUGAGGAACUCAGCCUACAGGGGUUUCAGUAAAGGACAUGAUUUUGAUUUGAAAUGAGUCUCCGUCUAGGUGGGAUCGAGUUAUCUGAAUUUUGGAUUUAGGCACAAAUUUCAGGGACACCACGCCAUUGUUCAGCAAAAUUCAAUCAAAGCAAUAUGCUUUGGGAAGAAAAGUGAGUUAGCCAGUUUUGUAAAAUGACUUGAAAUAUUAACACUGCAAUGAAUUUUUUAACUAAAGCUUCAGUGCACUUAGGGGAUCUGAUAAAUAUAACUGUAAAGCAGUUUUUUGGGGUCUUGAAAAAAUUCUAUUUUAUUUUAAUGUAGUAUUCAGUUUCCAGAGAGCGUAGCUUUGAAAUAUUGAAAUAUUUUCAAGGACUGGGAAAAAAGCCAUGCAGACAUCAUAUGCAGAAAUGUCAUCAAUAUAAUAUUUUUUCUCUUUGUGGGGGUAACCAGGUCUGAGUGAAUGUGCAAUGCUUUUAUUGAUGUGUCUAUUGUCCCUUAUGAAGGCUGGGUUCUUGAUGUAUCUUCCUGCGUGAAGAUAUUACUAUAAAUCCAACCAAGCUGCUUAUAAGCUUUGUGUUUAAAAAAUAAAUGAUAAAAAGAAAUGUAUUUUUGGAAAUUAUUUAUUUAAAGCAAUUUACAUGUCACGUAUAUAACUAUUUUAAAUAAGCCUUCACUGUUUUGCCAUUUUACGUUCAAACAGAUUUUAAAUGCUUGUGGAUGUUUUCUUUUGUUUGUGCUUUUUUGUAACCAAAAACUAUGAUAAACAGUUAUGUUUUGUGGAAUUUCCUUUUUUUUAAUUAAGAGUGUUCUUUAAACUGUUUCCCAAACCCAAAACCUUUGAAACAGAUCAAACUGUUAUUAAAGAAAGACCUUCAGAUUACAGAACUGUUCUAAGUAAAACAGGAUUUUGUCAGGGCCUUUUGUCAAGUAAUGGAAGAAGUAUUUUUUCGGUAACAGCAAGUCAAGAUCUGCUGAGGAUAUGCAACGUGUUUAACGGUGUUUGUGUUUCUAGAUGCUUCCAAAUUAAACUGAGUGCAUUAGCUGCAGGUCUGGCAAUGUAGAAAUCCCAAGAGCCCUUAUGCUUUGAUUUGGAGCAAGCCCCUGAAGACCCCUGUCACCAGCUGAGCCUCCAGCUGGUUAUGGGUACAAGUUUGGGAAACACAUUGUGUUUGGUGCUAUUUCCAAUCUAUUAUACUGUUAUGUGUUUGGUGUACUUAAUUUAAGAGGUUGUUUGUUUUAUUUUUUAAGCACACUUGUAAUAAAAUAAUGGAACA